CAAUGUGGUCGUGAUGGUUGGGGCGGCGGCGUCUUUUAUGCCGGAGAGAUGCGAAUGUUAUUGAGGUACUUCCAUCCCUUUUCCCACCCGGUCAACAGAGUAAUUUGAGAAAAUAGUUGCUGCGGGGGAGGGGAAGCGCUAGGACCCACUCCAGGGGGAAAUGGAACAAGAAGAAAACAGCGAGGAAAGAGUGAAGGAAACACUAUUAGAGAUACGAACACAUGGAAGAAGAAACGAACGAGACGUUUCAUUCUGAUUUGAGCAUUUUUAUGACUGGAGCAAAGAUCCAUUCAUGUGCGUUCAUGGCUCUCUUCGAUGGAACUUUUUAGAGAACUCAAUUGAAAUGCGCAUAUCAGCGAUGUUUCGGCGAGCGACUAUAUCCCAUAGUCUUCUUUGUAGGCGCAUAUCGAUGGAAAAUGCGGACGUUAUCGUUUGGGAAUAACUGUGAGCAACAUUUAGAACAAGUAGGCCUAUGCUAUCAAUCGAUAUGGAAAGAACAGAGGCAGCCGGGUGGAAAUUCCUACGGGACUCUCUCCUACUUUGUCUUUUUACCGGUCACAGUGAGGCCCAGUGUGAUGGCUGUGUGGAGUACUGCUGUGAAGGCUCUCCCCCUUUCUGCUGCUCCUACUACGCCUUUAUGGGAGAUGUCCUCUCGGGCACGGCGAUCUCGGGCAUCGUGUUUGGUGUGGUGUUUCUGAUGGGAGCGCUGGCGGCCUUCUUCCUGUGUGUGUGCAUGUGUGUGAAGAACGGGCGAGGGGCCCAGGUGGACGUGUUCAACACCUCCUACAUCAACACUGUGUCCCAGGGCUACCCAGGACCCCCACCUCCCUACACCUAUGACUAUGAGAUGUACCCUUCGGCCAUGCGCCCCCCUCCCUACACCCCCACCCCACCUAGGACAGACAGCUACUCCCCUCCCCCUCCGUAUCCGGGCUGUAAUCGCAAAUGACUUGAAGACAAAAUGGAGAAUCCUGACCAGGCUACUUGCCUUUCUGAAGGAGCACAUCAUGGAUUAAGCUUAUGAAGUGUAUUAGCAAGGAAAGAUGAGACUGUAGGCAUAUCCUUUCGAACCUCUGGAUCACUUAAAAUGACUGUGUGGAUUGAUCCACUUUUGACCAUUUGAUGUGGGGGUGGGGGUCAAUCCAACUGAUCUGCUUUUCGGGGGUGAAAACCACUAGUAGUAUUUGACUCAUAUUCUAUGUCAAUGAAUAUGAGUGAGGGGACAAAGUACGUAACUUUAUUUGAAGAUGUGGAUCUUUGUUGUACCAUUUCUCUGGUAGAGAUGUCUGUUAGCUGGCUUUCCUUCAGGCCAGUGCUCUCCCCUAUCUUAUUUCUACAAGGCAAAGGAGAGAAAACUGUAGCCUAGUCCUAGAUAUGUUUGCACUGUAUUGCCAAUUCCUUUAUGUGGCAAUGACCUGAGGACAUGGCGAGACAGCACAAACAAAUCUGGGACCAGGCAAGGAAAACUGUGUAAAACUAUGAAUUGUACCGUAGAAACAGGAUGGUAAACAUACGGCUCCAGGGUGAAGUUUCCCCAAGGUACAGAUCUAGUAUCAGCUUCCCCUUCCCCCAAUCCCAACCUUAACUAUUAGUGGAGAUACUACAAAACUGACCCAAGAUCUAAAAUCUAAAUCAAACUUUAUUUGUCACAUGCGCUGAAUACAACAGGUGUAGACCUUACUGUGAAAUGCUUACUCACAAGCCCUUAACCAACAAUGCAAUUCAAGAAAGAAAAAAAUAUUUACCAAAUAAACUAAUGUAAAAAAAAAAAUCAAAGUAACACAAUAAUAUAACAAUAAUGAGGCUAUAUAUAGGGGGUACCGGUACCGAGUCAAUGUGUGGGGGUACAGGUUAGUUGAGAUAAUUUGUACAUGUAGGUAGGGGUAAAGUGACUAUGCAUAGAUAAUAAAGAAGCGAGUAGCAGCAGUGUAAAAACAAAUUGGGGGGUGUCAAUGUGAAUAGUCUGGGUGGACAUUUGCUUAAUUGUUCUGCAGUCUUAUGGCUUGGGGGUACAAGCUGUUAAGAAGCCUUUUGGUCCUAGACUUGGUGCUCCGGUACCGUGACUGGAGUCUUUGACAAUUUUUUGGGCUUUCCUCUGACACCGCCUAGUAUAUAGGCCCUGGGUGGCAGGAAACUUGGCCCCAGUGAUGUAUUGGGCCGUACGCACUACCCUCCGUAGCGCCUUACGGUCAGAUGCCGAGCAGCUGCCAAAGCAGGCGUUGAUGCAACCGGUCAGGAUGCUCUUGAUGGUGCAGCUGUAGAACGUUUUGAGGAUCUGAGGACCAUUGCCACAUCUUUUCAGUGUCCUGAGGGGGAAAAGGUGUUGUCAUGCCCUCUUCACGACUGUCUUGGUGUAUUUGGACCAUGAUAAUUCGUUGGUGAUGUGGACACCAAGGAACUUGAAACUCUUGCUUCACUACAGCCCGUCGAUGUUAAUGGGGGCAUGUUCCACCCGCUUUUUCCUGUAGUCUACGAUCAGCUCCUUUCUUGCUCACAUUGAGGGAGAGGUUAUUGUUAGAGAGAUUAUUGUUAUUGUCCUGGCACGCACUGCCAGGUCUCUGACCUCCUCCUAUAGGCUGUCUCAUCAUUGUCGGUAAUCAGGCAUACCACUGUUGUGUCAUCGGCAAACUUAAUGAUGGUGUUGGAGUCGUGUUUGACCACGCAGUCAUGGGUGAACAGGGAGUACAGGAGGGGAUUAAAUACACACCCCUGAGGGGCCUCAGCGUGGCAGACGUGUUGUUGCCUACCCUUACUACCUGGGGGCGGCCCAUCAGGAAGUCCAGGAUUCAGUUGCAGAGGGAGGUGUUUAGUCCCAGGGUCCUUGGCUUGGUGAUGAGGUUUGUGGGCACUAUGGUGUUGAACGUGCCUCGAAGCGAGCAUAAAAAGCAUUUCGCUCGUCUGGUAGGCUCGUGUCACUGGGCAGCUCGCGGCUAGGUUUCCCUUUGUAGUCCGUAAUAGUUCUCAAGCCCUGCCACAUCCGACGAACAUCAGAGCCGGUGUAGUAGGAUUCAAUCUUAAUCCUGUAUUGACACUUUGCCUGUUUGAUGGUUCGUCUGAGGGCGUAGCGGGAUUUCUUAAAAGCGUCCGGAUUAGUGUCCCGCUCUAGCCUUUAGCUCGAUGCGGAUGUUGCCUGUAAUCCAUGUCUUCUGGUUGGGAUAUGUACGUAUGGUCACAGUGGGGACGACGUCAUUGAUGCACUUAUUUAUGAAUCCGAUGACUGAGGUGGUAUACUCCUCAAUGCCAUUGGAUGAAUCCCAGAACAUAUUCCAGUCUGUCAUCUGACCACUUCUGUAUUGAGCGGGUCACUGGUACUUCCUGCCUUCGUUUUUGCUUGUAAGCAGGAACCAGGAGGAUAAAAUGGUCAGAUUUGUCAAAUGGAGGGCGAGGGAGAGUUUUGUAUGUGUCUCUGUGUGUGGAGGAAAGGUGGUCUAGAGUUUUUUUUCUCUCUUGUUGCACAUUUGACAUACUGGUAGACAUGAAGUAAAACGGAUUUAAGUUUGCCUGCAUUAAAGUCCCCAGCCACUGGGCGCACCGCUUCUAGAUAAGCAUUUUCUUGUUUGCUUAUGGCCUUAUACUGCUCAUUGAGUGCAGUCUUAGUGGUGGUAAAUAGACAGCUACGAAUAAUAUAAAUGAGAACUCUCUUGGUAGAUAGUGUUGUCUAGAGUAGAGGUCGACCGAUUAUGAGUAUUCAACGCCUAUACCGAUUAUUGGAGGACCAAAAAAAGCCGAUACCAACUAAUUAUUACAAAUUAAAUAUUUGUAAUAAUGACAAUUACAACAAUACUGAAUGAACACUUAUUUUAACUUAAUAUAAUACAUCAAUUAAAAUCAAUUUAGCCUCAAAUAAAUAAUGAAACAUGUUCAAUUUGGUUUAAAUAAUGCAAAAACAAAGUGUUGGAGAAGAAAGUAAAAGUGCAAUAUGUGCCAUGUAAAAAAGCUAACGUUUAAGUUCCUUGCUCAGAAUAUGAGAACAUAUGAAAGCUGGUGGUUCCUAAUCCCAGGUAAGAAGUUUUAGGUUGUAGUUAUUAUAGGAAUUAUAGGACUAUUUCUCUCUACCAUUUAUAUUUCAUAUACCUUUGACUACUGGAUGUUCUUAUAGGCACUUUAGUAUUGCCAGUGUAACAGUAUAGCUUCCGUCCCUCUCCUCGCCCCUACCUGUGCUCGAACCAGGAACACAUCGACGACAGCACCCUCGAAGCAUCUUUACCCAUCGCUCCACAAAAGCCAAGGGGAACAACUACUCCAAGUCUCGGAGCGAGUGACGUCACCGAUUGAAACGCUAUUAGCGCGCACCCCGCUAACUAGCUAGCCAUUUCACAUCGGUUACACCAGCCUAAUCUCGGGAGUUGAUAGGCUUGAAGUCAUAAACAGCUCAAUGCUUGAAGCAUUGCGAAGAGCUGCUGGCAAAACGCACGGGUGGCAUCCAUAAGUCUAAAUAUACCUUCAAUGUUAUGUCAUAAUUACGUAAAAUUCUGGCAAAUUAGUUUGCAACGCACCAGGCGGCCCAAACUGUUGCAUAUACCCUGACUCUGCGUGCUAUGAACGCAAGAGAAGUGACACAAUUUCACCUGGUUAAUAUUUCCUGCUAACCUGGAUUUUUUUGAGCUAAAUAUGCAGGUUUAAAAAAUAUAUACUUCUGUGUACUGGUUUUAAGAAAGGCAUUGAUGUUUAUGGUUUGGUACAGUCGUGCAACGAUUGUGGACAACAGCCAGUGAAAGUUCAGGGCGCCAAAUUCAAACAACAGAAAUCUCAUAAUUAAAAUUCCUCAAGCAUUCAAGUAUUUCACACCAUUUUAAAGAUACACGUCUUGUUAAUCCCACCACAGUGUCCGAUUUCAAAAAGGCUUUACAGCGAAAGCACCACAAACGAUUAUGUUAGGUCACAGAAAAACACAGCCAUUUUUCCAGCCAAAGACAGGAGUCACAAAAAGCAGAAAUAGGGAUAAAAUGAAUCACUAACCUUUGAUUGUCUUCAUCAGAUGACACUCAUAGGACUUCAUGUUACACAAUACAUAUAUGUUUUGUUCGACAAAGUUCAUAUUUAUAUCAAAAAACCUCAGUUUACAUUGGCGCCAUGUUCAGAAAUGCCUCCAAAAUAUCCUGAGAAAUUGCAGAGCCACAUCAAAUAACAGAAAUACUCAUCAUAAACUUUGAUGAAAGAUACAUGUUUUACAUAGAAUUAAAGAUACACUUGUUCUUAAUGCAACCGCUGUGUCAGAUUUCAAAAAAGCUUUACGGCAAAAGCACAAUAUUCAAUAAUCUGAGAACAGCGUUCAGCCACAAAAGGAAGCCAUACAGUUACCCGCCAAAUUGUGGAGUCAACAAAAGUUAUAAAUACCUUUAUAAAUCUUCACUUACCUUUGCUGAUCUUCGUCGGAAUGCACUCCUAGGACUCCCCCUUCCACAAGAAAUGUUUGUUUUGUUCGGUAAUGUCCAUAAAUUAUGUCCAAAUAGCUAUUUUUGUUAGCGUGUUUGGUAAACAAAUCCAGUCAGGAAGCGCGUUCACUAAAAGCAGACAAAAUGUCAAAAAGCUUCUUAACAGUCAGUAGAAACAUGUCAAACGAUGUAUUGAAUCAAUCUUUAGGAUGUUUUUAACAUAAAUCUUCAAUAAAGUUCCAACCGGAGAAUUCCAUUGUCUUCAGAAGUGCGAUGGAACAGAGCUCUCUCUCAUAUGAACGCGCAUGGUCAGCUCAUGGUAGAGCUUACUCAUUCCCGUCUCCUUCAGCCCCACUUCACAGUAGAAGCAUCAGACAAGGUUCUACAGACUGUUGACAUCUAGUGGAAGCCGUAGGAAGUGCAAUCUGACCCAUAUCCCACUGUGUAUUCGAUAGGCGAUGAGUUGAAAACCUACAAACCUCAGAUUUCGCACUUCCUGGUUGGAUUUUUUUCUCUGAUUUUUGCCUGCCAUAUGAGUUCUGUUAUACUCACAGACAUCAUUCAACCAGUUUCAGAAACUUCAGAGUGUUUUCUAUCCAAUACUAAUAAUAAUAUGCAUAUAUUAGCAACUGGGACUGAGGAGCAGGUAGUUUACUAUUUUCAUCCAAGCUACUCAAUACUGCCCCUGCAGCCAUAAGAAGUUAAAAGAAAUUCAUGUUAGCAGGCAAUAUUAACUAAAUAUGCAGGUUUAAAAAUAUAUACUUGUGUAUUGAUUUUAAGAACAGCAUUGAUGUUUAUGGUUAGGUACACGUUGGAGCAACGACAGUCCUUUUUCGCGAAUGCGCACCGCAUCGAUUAUAUGCAACGCGGGACACGCUAGAUAAACUAGUAAUAUCAUCAACCAUGUGUAGUUAACUAGUGAUUAUGAUUGAUUAAUUGUUUUUUAUAAGAUAAGUUUAAUGCUAGCUAGCAACUUACCUUGGCUUCUUACUGCAUUCGCGUAACAGGCAGGCUCCUCGUGGAGUGCAAUGAGAGGCAGGUGGUUAGAGCGUUGGACUAGUUAACCGUAAGGUUGCAAGAUUGAAUCCCCUAGCCUAUCAGUGGUGCCCAGGCUGGUCCCAGCCUCACAGCACACAGGAUCCAGAUAUCCGGAAGUGUUUGUUGUGAAGAUUGAGCUGAGUUGUCGGUUGUUACAUUGCUCAGUUCCUGUUUUCUUGUUAUUCAGUAAUUUUCCAUCUUGUCUCAACCUUGUGGUUAGCACAGUCGACACCCUAGAUUAGCAACAGCUUUUCUGCAGUCACGCUAUGUUUUGUGAUUAACAUGUCCUAUUUCUAUAAGGCAUAUAUUUUUGUUAAAAAGAGAACAAAACCAUCCUUCACAUACCGAUGCAUGGAAAAUCCCGCCAGCUCUAUAUUAUUCGUGUCAUCGUUCAGCAACAACUCAGAGAAACAUAAGAUAUUACAGUUUUUAAUGUCCCGUUGAUCAUAUAUCAUCCAUUUUGUUUUCCAAUGAUUGCACGUUGGCCAAUAGAACGGAUGGUAGUGGAGGUUUACUCACUCGCCUACGAAUUCUCAGAAGGCAGCCCGACCUCCGCCCCUUUUUUCUCUGUCUUUUCUUCACGCAAAUGACUAGGAUUUUGGCCUGUUCCCGAGAAGGCAUUAUAUCCUUCUCGUCGGACUCGUGAAAGAAAAAAUCCUUGUCCAGUUCGAGUUGAGUCAUCGCUGUUUUGAUGUCCAGAAGUUAUUUUCGGUCAUAAGAGAUGGUAGCAGCAACAUUAUCUACAAGUUCAAAAAUAAGUUACGGGUUAGGAGCCCGUAAAGCGCCAGCCAUCCCCUCCGGCGCCAUUGUCCAGGUCAGCGUCUAGGGGCAACUUCACCCUACUCUGAGCAAGGCUGCCUGCAUGUGCACAGUGAAGACGGGUCUGGGCCUGCUCUCGGAGGAAUGAUGAGUUAAUGAUGAAAUUAAUCCUAUGGUGGUGAUGUUUCUCAACAAUCUUUCAGUGUUGUUUAAAUGUUGUCGCUAUGAACAUGUUCAGGAUGAAAGUUAAAUUAAAGUUUCCAAAUCA